AUGGACCAAGGCAAGCUUGCGACCCGGCGUCCGCGUCAUGCGACGGAAGAGGAAGUUCGCUACUUGCUUCAAAUUCAGGGCGUGCUGAGCAACACGACGGACGAAAACGAGAAGCACAUUCUAAUCAACAACAUCAACGAGGAACUGCGAGGUUCGGAAGUGAGUUUGGCCUCAAACAAGAAAACAAGCUAUGUGAUUCAAUCCAUUCUUCAGAACGGCAACCGCGACAAACUGCGUCUCUUUCUCUCCUACUCCAAAGACUUCGCUGUCCACAUGUUCACCCAGACCUACGCCUCGCACUGCAUGCAGACCGCGCUGGAGCUGGCCAACACGUUCCUCAGCGAUCGCCUCGACGAGCCGUCCUCCGCGCUGGCGCAGCGUCUGGACGGCGAGCCGCUGGAGCCGCUGCUGGACCUGGUGAAUCUGUUCGUGGAGAACGUGCUGCCGCGCAUCGUGGAGGUCUGCUGCGACGUGAACGGCUCGCACGUGCUGCGCAGCCUGCUGUGCGUGCUGCUGGGCUGCCCCAACGCGAGCGCGGCGGUGAAGAAGCACAUCGUGAAGGGCGCGUUAAUGAAGAAGAGCAACGCGGCGAUGGUGGAGGCGUUCGACGAGGCGCGCAGCGCGGUGCUGUUCGCGCUGGCGGAGCUGGGCGCGAGCGAGCGGGAAUGGCUGAUGAAGAACCAGCACGGCUGCUUCAUCGUGCAGAUGCUCAUGAACAACCUCCCCGCCGAGCAGAGGACCAAGCUCGCGCACAUUCUCUUGGAUGUCGAGGACCCAGACGCCGCGCAGAAGCUCGUCAAGGAGCUCAUCGUCGAUGUCAACGGAAGUCGCUCGCUGGAGGGACUGGUGCGUUCGGCGGCCGACGACGUCGUGAACUCGUUUUUUAUAUCCUGGGAAUGA